GAGAGUUCGGGGAGGUCUGCAGUGGAAACCUCAGGCAGCCAGGGAAGAGAGAGAUUCUGGUGGCAAUUAAGACGCUGAAGGCCGGCUACACUGAACGGCAGAGACGAGACUUCCUGAGUGAAGCCUCCAUCAUGGGCCAGUUUGACCACCCCAACAUCAUUCAUUUGGAGGGAGUUGUGACGAAGAGCAGCCCUGUUAUGAUCAUCACAGAGUUUAUGGAGAACGGAUCGCUGGACUCCUUCCUCAGGCAAAAUGACGGGCAGUUCACCGUCAUCCAGCUGGUGGGAAUGCUGCGUGGCAUAGCAGCGGGGAUGAAAUACCUGUGUGACAUGAACUACGUUCAUCGAGACCUGGCAGCAAGGAACACCCUCGUAAACAGCAACCUGGUGUGUAAAGUGUCGGACUUCGGCCUGUCACGCUUCCUAGAGGACGACACUUCAGACCCAACAUACACAAGCGCUCUGGGAGGUAAGAUUCCCAUCCGCUGGACGGCUCCAGAAGCCAUUCAGUACAGGAAGUUCACGUCAUCCAGUGACUGCUGGAGUUAUGGCAUCGUCAUGUGGGAGGUGAUGUCCUAUGGAGAGAGGCCAUACUGGGACAUGAGCAAUCAAGAUGUAAUCAACGCCAUUGAGCAAGAUUACCGGUUGCCACCUCCCAUGGAUUGUCCGAGUGCAUUGCACCAGUUGAUGCUGGACUGUUGGCAGAAAGACCGCAACAACCGACCCAAAUUUAGUCAGAUUGUUGCCAACUUGGAUAAGAUGAUCCGUAACCCCAGCAGUUUGAAAGCCAUGACACCCCAGUCAUCAAGUGUUCACCUACCUCUGCUGGAUCGCAGCACUCCAGACUUCUCCUCCUUCAGCUCAGUGGAUGACUGGCUUGAUGCUAUCAAGAUGGGCCAGUAUAAGGAAAACUUCAGCAGUGAAGGGUUCACCAGCUUUGAUGUGGUGUCCCAGAUGGCCAUGGAGGAUAUCCUUCGUGUGGGAGUGACCCUGGCUGGACAUCAGAAGAAGAUUCUUAACAGCAUCCAAUCCAUGAGGGCACAGAUGAACCAGAUAACCUCUGUGGAGGUGUGACCUUGUGGACCAAUUUUAUUUGCCAUACAAGGCCCAGCAGUCGCAAAGUCUAUUCCCCCUGAACUUUUGUGGAGGAUUUAUGGCUUGCAAAAAGACUGACUUCAUCAAACCUCAGGUUCAGCUCCCUUCCCUCAGAUUUUCCCAGCUGAUCCCUUUGAUAUCUGUGUAGCUGCUGCGUCUUCAGGUCAUGGCCACACUCGGGGGGCCCUUCCAUGUAGCUCAUCACAGCCAUGCUGGACUCUAGAAUCAACAUCACCAGUCUGAAGAAAGUUUGCUCUUCAGUUUAGAUAUUUUGUGAACAAGACACACUUAUUAUAAUCAUGAAAAUGACAAAACUGUAAAAACUGGACAGCCACACGAGUCUGAAGCUGGGAGCGGUGUUACCUGCUCUGCACAUUUCUAUAGGAAGACGUCCCAGCCAUCACUGAAAACUCUAUAAUCCACGUCAGCUGUUUUGGGCAGAAUUCCCAACUGCCUCUAUCAUACUAAUGUUGGUGUUCUUUAUGACAAACUCACUUCUUCUGCAUCAACAUUUGCUUUCACCACAAGCCAGUUGUCAAGACAUUCUGUAGACCCCCUGUUGUGUUGGUGAGACUCUGACCCCUCAGAACCCGAAGAGAGUCUUUUCAUGUCUGUAGUCAACUGCCAUUUCUUGUAGAUUCAUCUCUUCUGACUAAUUAGUCUUGUUCCUGCACAUGGUUUCACCUUGGGGAAGUUUGGAGGUCAACUCGUCUUUUUGCUUCUCAAACUGGUCCUAAACACGUUUUUUUUUUGUGCCAUGACAAAUGAUUCUGUUUGGAAAAGCUGCUGUCAGUCUCAGGUAGGUUGGUUUAUUCCCAUAGAUAAUCCGUUAAGUAAAAAUUGACCUUCUGGAGUUUUUUAGAGUAGUGGUGCUUUUUAGACAUGCAUGGCCUCAAACAAACUGAUUGCACAGAGGUACUGAUGAUCAGCCUGAUAAUGAUGUGGUUGGGGUUACCUGCCGAUAUGCCUUCUUUUCAACUUUUUCAAAGCUGAUAUCUGUGCUUCAUGCAUUUUGAUGACACCAUGGUUUCAGGAAUCAGAAGAAUCUGUCAAACUGGAAUCUGGGUUAUUUUCUCUUCCUGAACGUGCACAAAUAAACAGUGGAGAGGAAUGUCUAAUUUCACAUGAGAAAGCCCCAUGAAGAAGUAGAAAUACUACCUCAACAAGUUGGAGGGGGAGAUGGUUUUAUUGAGACAAGUAGCUGUUCAAUUCAAUUUUAUUUCUACAGCCCAAUAUCACAAAGACAGUCGCCACAUUGGGCUUCAUGCCGGUAAUUUUACAGAAGCAGGUCGAUCAUAAAAUAUAAACAAAAGCUAAAAACUAAACAGACUAUAAAGAACGGUCAUCCCUGUCCUUAGACCCUCCUUCCCGGCAAUGAGAAACUCGUAAAAAUGCACUUGAUUCAGAAAAAAAAAGAAACCUCAUGGAUGGACAUGAAGGAGAGAUCCUCUCCCAGCUCUUAUGACAAACCACAGGAUUUGGUCUGAUGGGAAAAUCGCUGGUUUAGAAAGGUUCCAUUUGUAAGAAAACUGUUUGUGAUUUGGCUCAUGAUCAUUCUUAGCAUAACUCAAAGAGUGAACAAAGUCCCAAUAGCUGUCACGCAGCUAGGUGCGUAAAAUAAGUUCUCUGUAUUUGAUCCAUCCCCUGGGAGAGUGGUAAGCUGCAGACACAGCUGCGUUGUAGAACCCCCCACACCCCAGUUUUUCACAAUAAAAUACUGCUACAAAUGCCAUCAUAUUUUUGUAUCUAAACAGACUGCAGAGAUGAAAAUACAGUAAACAUACAAACAAUGCACAAAAGGCGA